UUUGACAUUUCAAAAGUGCAGUUUUCGCCUUUGUUUGUAGAUUUAAGAUUUUUAAUUAAAAAUAGUAAUAAAACUGUUGAACGGUCCUAAAAAAUAAGUCAUGAGUUAAACAAACUUAUUGCUUUUUGUCUACGUUUUGUUUCCAAACAUAGCCAUGUGGAUUUUGUUUGUUUUCGGCCGUGUUUGAAAGCGCUUUGGUAUUUCUAGUUUUGCGUGGGUUUUAGAGAAGUUAAUCAAUUAUGAAGCCGGGCAAAAGUGUGGACGUGAAAGAGGAGAUAGCUGAGGUUCACACGUCGGCUCGAUCGCCGUCUCCGAAGCACAAAAGCAGGCAGAGGUCUCGAUCUAGGUCUGGGUCGAGAAAACUGUCAAAUGGCCAUGCAGAGGCCCAGGACUUAGCAGAAGGCACGUCCUCCGUCGAAAACGCGCCAGAACCUCCCCCAGACAAGGCCAAAGCGCGGGAAAGUUGGAUAAACUCCGAACACGAGUCUGUGGAGUUGCCUAUACAUGAGCAACUAAAGCAAGGUAUCUUAGGUUUUGUAGAGCAAGAGAUAAAAAAGUCUGAUAAGGACAAGAAUCCUUCGUUUGUUUUCUACUCGCACGAUCCUAAUGGUUUAGAUGAGAAGUUUAUGAAGUCUCUGUCGAGGCCUUCAAGUGGACAUAAGGAGAAACGGAGUCCUUCUUAUAGGAAGAAAAAAAGGCACUCUUCUAAGCAUAGAGACAGAGAUUUGCAUGAUUUUGAAGUUCCUGGUUCAAGUCUUAGUGCUUUGGAAAAGGUUGAUGACUACUUAAAAGAAUACAACAGAGAUGAAGUGGUUACCCUCAGCGGUGAGUUGGAGAUUGAAGCAAAUGACGUUGAAAACAACAACGGAACGUCAAAGGAAUUGCGACACAAACCCCGGAAGACUAAAAGGAAAUCCAGAGAUGAGAGACAGGAUACUAAUGCUAAUGGCAAGGAUGUCAGCCCAAAAGUGUUUAAACCAAGCACCAAGUCAAAGCUUGGAGCUAAACCAGCUCGGCCAACAGAUCUCUCAGCAAUGCUGGAAAGUCUUGAAUCCAACACGUACCAGGACCAGUACAUCGACAACCCAUUCUCAUCCCCAUCUCCGGUGACUUCUCCCAACGAUGACCGACUCCAUCCCUUUGGGUCACGUAGACCGGAGAAAAUAUAUUUGCAAGGGGGUGGGACGUUCCGAGCUGUCUCUAGAGAUAGGAUCUUGGAGACACAGCAGAGUGGAGACGGUGAUAAAUAUUUAAGAUUAGGCGACGUAACUCCUCUCGACGUGGCGUUAACAGUCCAAAAAGCUUGGCGUAACUGUGCACCGGCGUGCCACGGCAUCUUAGGAGGCUUAUCGCUGAUGCACCUGCUCCUUAUCAGCUACUCGGAUGGCUUAGACGCUGGACACUUGUCGUUCCAUGCAGUGGUAACAAUGCCUUACGUGGCAUCGUAUUACUUCUUCUGUGCGCUGUGCUUGCUGUCUGUUUUGGAUAGAUUGGACGUAACAAGCAUGGAUAUCACCCGAGGUCUACAACCAUACUUCCAACCCAUAGUGCUAGUGAUACUGUACACAGCUUGUAUGCUAGUGUGCACCGCCGCGAGGAUGUAUGACGAGCUUAUGGUGUGCCAAUACAAUCACCUCGUCUUCAACAUUACGCAGAAUGUUACUACGCCGACAAUACCAACGUUUUACCACACUUGGACUCACUUCUCCAUAUGGCGGGCCGUCCUAUCCAUUCUCGGGUUGGUAUACUUCAUAAUAUCCAGUCCACAAGACCUGGUCUACACGAAUCUCAGUAAGUUGCUCCAAUUCAAGCAUUCCUUACAACGUAUUGGAUGAUUUUGCUAUGAAGAUCUCAUUUGUCAGGUAUGUGUUGCCAGGCUUAAAAGUAUUGUCAGUGUUGCUACGCGACAAAGUUAUUGCGAAGUGUUUUUCAUUUAUUUUUGUCAGUUUUAAAGCUUCUAGUAUAAGUGAAUGAAUAGUAAGUGAAAUGAAUAUCAUUGCACUCAAAUAUUUAGCGUUGUAAGUAAGUAAAUAUUAACCAAAGAAUUACUCU